GUGCACGGUUCCCUAUGCAAGUCUUUUGUGCCAUGUAUAUACUGAUUAAGAUGCUUUUCUUUGUGCAAGAAAGAAGGGAAGGGGAACAUUAUGUGGCAGAGCUGAACACUGUACACUAAUCCAGAUCUCAAAAGAGAAAAAAAAGGUGAUUGGAGCAACUGCAGCUCUGGCACCUGAAGUGGCUCGCUGGAAUGUGAGCCAUUACCAAAGCUAUCUGUAAGAUUUUACACAUCUAGUUGAUUUUACUUCUUGUUGUUGAAUACUUAGAAUGAAGGUAAAAUUGCAUUUUAAACUGUUCCGCAACUGCCUCUCCUUCAUACAUCAUUGGAGCAGAAACCUGACUCUUGAGCAUUACAGCACAGGUUUUUACCACUUGAGCUAUGGGACUGACAACCCUAAUUGGUAGCAGGAGAAGACUUAUUCCCUGAGGGCUGAAAAAGGAAUAUGCUGCUGGCGCCAUGUGUUGAGCCUGGGUGUGGGGGAAGGUAGCAUCUUAGAUAGAAGAAAAAAAAAACACAAGAGACUAUGUUCAGCUUCUUCCGAAAAAGUCAAGAAUCAAAGAAGGUUACAGUACCAGAGAGAGAAGCAGAUGGAUUUGUUAUUGUGGGUGACACAGUUGAUGACCAAAGUAGAGAGUCAAAGGAUAAAACUUCAUUUCCAGAGACCAGACCAACUUAUAACCAACCUCCACAGAGAUCGCAGUUGACUGUACCAAGUGCAGAGGCGGGAAAUCAAAGGAGUCAAAAUUUGGAAAGCAGCCCUUUCAUGUCAGACCUGCUGAGCGACGUACCCUUUGCCCUGGCACCACAUGUGUUAGCAGUGCAGGGCACCCAUAGUGACGUUCCUGACCGAUUGCUCACCUACGACAUCAAUGAUAAUUUAUCAAGAUUUUGGUAUGACUUUACCCUUGAAAAUUCAGUGCUUUGUGAUCCAUAAUGUUUUCUUUAUUUUCUCCGCCUCUGUUGAGGAAUAAGUCUUAAAGGGAAGAUCAAGACUUAUUUUGAUCAGCUUAAUAUUUUGGGGGCCUACCACUGGUGUAUCAAAUGGAUUAUUAUUCACAACUGUGAUAUAUUUCUUAGCUUUAAAUGAACUGUAACUUAAUAUGUCAAAUAUUCUGUUUAUCUCCAAAGAAAUCAAGCAACUGUUUCAGCCUGAGUAGGGGACUGGCUGUUGGUAUCUACUUCCAGUAGGUAGGCUGCAGACACAAACAUUUCAUAACUUUAGGAGGAAGUCUAGCAUGUCUGCACUGUUUUGUUAUUUCUCUCAGUUACACAUAGAUCUUGUUACUCGUGUUAUGAUCUCCUCUGAUUUUGUAUAGAUAGAAACCAAUAUUAACGCUAAAGCAAUGCUGCUCUGCAGUACUGGACAGGCAGCUUUUCUGUGAAACCAAGUUUUAAAACUCAGAGUUAAUUAUGAGUCCUUAAAUAAUCUUGAAGACUUAAUAGAAUUGGUUAAAUUUACCAAUUUCAAAAUGAAAAUCAGUUGCUUCCUUCCCUUUUCCAGUAGAUGGUAUUUUGUUGCCUGCCUGGAGAAGUCCUCCCCGCCUGCCUGUUGGCUGCUGUUUGUUCUCAUUACCACAUGUGUUCCUGAUUUAUAUACAGAUCAGCUUUUCCAUUUUAACCUCUUUGCCCCCUGAAGAAGGAAAUCUCAGGACACGUACUUUUAAUGGUCACACCCUUCUUUUUUUAAUUUGUGUGCCAGAGAUACAGAUGGCAAUGUUUAACAACAGGAAAACAUUACAUUGUUUCUUAUCCAACUAAAUUAAACUGCUAAGUACCUAAACAUGCGUUCUCACAGACCACUGUGUCCCUGCUUGCAAGCUUUGAGCAUGUUUUUCCCGACUAACACCAGAGCUGCUGUUCCACGAGCAACAGCUCUCUGAUGUAAUGUCACAGUUUGUGAUGAAGAAUGAUCUGUGGCACACAAAAGACUACACUUGUUUUCUCCAUUGGGGUACAAUAUUUCUAUUGUGCCAAAUGUUAGUGGAUGUUUUCUUGUAUUUUCUAUGCUCUGUGGUAGUUUAAAAUACAUAUAUUUUCAGACUUGCAUCCUCUUACAGUGUUUGAGAUAAGUUCUGUAGAUGAUGAAGAAAUUACAUUGUGAAUAUAUCUUAGAUUGUUAAAUAUUUGUGGUUUAGGGUUUUUUUAAUGUAUGUAUUUAAUAUUUUUGACAGCUAUGUUCUUAAAUGUUUUGAAGAUAUUGUUUCAGGGAGAGUAUCUGUGCUGCACUUCAAUAAAAAGAUGCUAAGUAAUAGUGAGUUAUUUUUUAUGUGUGAGAGUUACCAUGCGGUUUCACCUAUAUUGUUGACUACAGCUGUGACCAUUCAGCUUUCACGGGAACUUGAACUUGAAAACUCAGUUUGAAAAUCUUUUCAGUGUCAUUUAAAAAUUGGGGCUCUUCUAAUAAAUUACGUCACACUUUCAUCUGA